UGCAGAGAGAAGUGGUCGCGAUCAUCACAAGGACAGUCAGAAAUCACACUCUUGGAAGCCCUAAGAAUCCAACACUAAUUUAUCUUGACUCUCGAGAGCAUGACAGAGCUCGGACUUCCACAUUUGGGAUGAUUUUAAUAAUGGUUCGCUUCAAAUGCACAUUUUCACGGAGCUGCAGUUGAGGUUUCAAUCAAAGUCCGACUGGAUUCUCGCAGCGUGAUGGAUACAAAUGAGUUCACAGUCCUGAAACUUUUUGUUGUCGGGAUUUUGGUCAAUGCCUGGUUGAUGCGGGGGUUGUCAGCCACUGAGAGUUUCAACAUCGAGCCCACUCUCCCCCGGCCAAAGAAACUCUGCAAUGAGUCCCGUCUGCAGUGGGAGGUGGAGGUCUGUGGAGAGGGCUUCAAGCGGGACAUGGGUCACAUAGAUCAACAGCACUGGUGUAACCUCACAUACUUCAUCAGUGAGUACUACGUCUUCACCAGCUGCACAGAGACGAAGGCCGAACUCGUCAGCUGCUACUGGCCCAAUCCACUGGUGGAGAGCUACAUCAUCGGUAUACACAAGCACUUUUUCUCCCACUGCCCCAUGGACCAGGUGGUGUGGGUGGACCCGCCUGAAGACACGCUCACUAUCCUCAUCCUCGUCCCCGUUUUCCUCACAUUGGCCAUGAUCGCCCUGGUGGUCUGGUGCAGCAAGAGGAGUGAUGUUCUGGCUUAGAAGGAGAGGAAGAUGGAAGAAGGUGGAGCCGGGUGGAGUUCGGACGUCUCUACUCAAAUUAUUCUGUACAGAGGAGUGAGCAAAGGUUUUAGGAGAUUGCUUCAGCUGGCCAAAUGACCCCAUAAGUGAUGCCACAAAUCACCUCAACCUUCAGGGAAAAUUAAGAAAGUAGGGCCUGGGAGUACAACGCAGUAUUUUAUUUCAUAUUCUGAUAUAAUGAGUGUGAUUUUUCACAGUUUUGACAUUGAUGUACAAUCACUCAACAUGCAUAACUGUUAAAGAAGCAUUUGAAGCACGGAAUUCAGUUCCACUGUUGAACAUCUGAUAUGUUAAUGCUUAGCAGUAGAAUGUUGCUACUGUCCAAAGGGAGAAAAACACAGCACCCAUGAAGCUCACUUUUUCACAAUAGUUUAUUUGGAACCAAAAAAGAAAAAUAAUACGUUUUAGAGCAGAACCUGAACAAGAAAUUGUAAAGAAUCUCUCAUAAAACCACAACUAUCGCUUUUUACACUUUGUUAAACAAAAUUUAAAACAUGUUAAUUACAGUAAGUGGGAUUUGUUACAUUUGGAUGGCGCCAUAUUAGCGGUUUCCCUUGUUUACCGCCUUAAAGAAAUACUUCACUCACAAAACGACCAUUUCUAUCCCAAUUACCAUCACAUGUUACAUGGGAAUAUUGAAGAUUUAUUUUUUCAUGCAUGCAGCUUGGGUAAACAGAGAAUCUGAAAAAAGAUGGAAAAAGUAUUUUAAAUAAUCCGAUUGUGGCAAAAAUGUAUGUGUUUGUGAAGUACUGAGAUGCGACUGGAUAAACAAGAGUAUAUUUCACAUACUGUGUUAGAGUUUGGAAACAAUAUUGAAAUAGUUUGGCUAUUGUUUGGCACGGCCCCCAUUUUAUUGGCAAAGUAUUCCUUUAUUAAACUAAGCUGAGCGGACAUGAAAUCUUCUAAUUUAACUCUCGACGAAAAAGUAAAUCAUCCUAUUUUCCCAAAUAGUCAAACUCUUCCUUGGAGACACAGAGGACAAUGACCGACAUCACUUGGGUCAUUGGGUCAAUUGACCAGCGGGACAAUCAACUAAAUUCUUGAAGCUCAUGGAUCCGGACCGCUGACCUCGGGGAUUUAUGUCUGAGCUUUGGACCUUUGCUGAAGGCCAAAGUAUCCACUAAGCCUCUGAGGCAGUGACUGAAGUCUAAACUGGUGGGAGACGACUCCCAGAGGACACCAUUGUAACAUAUUACUGGAUGAUGGCUUGGAUAAAAAAAAAGUAGAAGACGACAAAUUUGGACUUAGUACUGAUUCUGAAAGUUUGAUCUUACUGUUGAGUUACUGAAAUGACUGUCGCCACUGGAAAGGAUGCACUGGCUCUGCAACCCAAAGACAAGACAACACGAUGAUCCAUAUAUAUUUUGGGACUAACAUUUCUUGUGUGACUACCUGAGCCUCAAGGGAUUGUUUUGUAACGUAUCAGAUACUGUUGAGUAAACUACUGUUCACUCACAAAGAGAGGGUUCUCAAUGGAAACGAAGAACUUUGAAGUGACAUUGAAACCUCAUUCUGAACAGGUAUGCUCUCUGUCCGUGCGGUUUACUGUAUGUGCAUCGACCCUCCUGUGUUACUCAGACCACACCGAUGCUUUGAAGUGAAUUCCUUGGGGGAACGGCUUGAUUUAAUGUACACACUUCAUUCGUUCUUUGAAUUCUACAGGCACGAGGCAACUAAACCAAGCACUGCUAUUUUCUUUUCUUCCAAAGCAUAAGGCAUCAACCACUGUAUGUCAAGCCUCACCUGCACACUUCUCUCUAUGGAAACUGAUAAAUAUCUCUUAAAAUAA